AUACUUUAGCAUAAGUAAAAAAAACACUAUUUACAGACUGGAACAGCCAGGUAUUAAGGCUAAUUAACAAAACAUAUAGUCACAGCCACAUAAAAAUAAGCUCAAAUAUUUAAUUUGCACUAUAUUUCAUAAUAACAGGCCUAUGUAUUUUUUUUACUAAACCACUAACAUGACUCGAACAAAAGCUGAGGCUGUGGGUGUCAGUGAGGAAACCAUGAUGCAUCAACAUCAAGCGCAACCGCUAGUAAAAAAAAAAAAAAAAAAAAAAAAAAAAAACCGUUAGCGCUGAUGUCUAUCACUGAAUCAGCCACUUGUGAAUCGCAGCGCACGUUAAAAGAAAUCAUGUGCAGAUAACUUUCACUUUACUGGGUGUUAAGACACAGCAGGAAAUAUUGCAGCUUUAACCACAAAAACCUCAUCCUGCUGUCCCCCUUACCCGUCAUUAUGACGUGGUGAGGCUUUCGAGAAAGCUUGGAUGAAAAAUAAAUCAAAAUGGAAAAGCAUGGAGUUCUCAUCUAACGCCCCAUGCUUUGGAUAUCAGGUUCACCUAUGAUGCCUCCCAUUUACACCCUUCCUAAUCAGUGGGUUAAAGACUGACUACCAUGUCUGAACACUGCUCAGCCAUGAAAGUUGUCUCUGAAAUCUCAGGUAGUGAAAACAACCAAUCAGAGCCUCAGCUUAUAAAGAGACUGGAUGUAAGAAGAUCCAGCUCGGCAUCUGCUUCACUGCUGGAGAAGACACAGGAGUUCUUCCAGAUCUGUGAUAGUGAGGGAAAGGGUUACAUAACACCCACUGAUAUGAGGAAACUGGACAAGGAGUUACCACUGUCAGCAGAAGAACUGGAUGAUGUUUUUGACUCACUGGACUCAGACAAAAAUGGCUACCUCACACUAGAAGAAUUUACUUUAGGAUUAAGUGAUUUCCUGUAUUCACGUAAAAUUAGCCAGGUGGAGGAUCAGAUCACGGUUUUGUCACCAAAAGUUUCAGAAGCUCUGUAUCAGGUUGAGCCCCAAGACUGUGAGGAACAGAGACACUUUGGCAUGUUGAUGGAGAGCUUGGGUGCUAUCGAUGUUUUUGAGGAUCCUAGCGAGGUUCGAUCUUUGUGGGCUCAGCUAAAGAAAGACGAGCCUCACCUCCUGUACAACUUUGAAGAUUUCUUAGCACAAGUCACAUCCCAAAUCAGAGUGGCCCAACAAGAGAAGAAGGAGAUGGAAAAUGCCUUGAGAAAAAAAGCUGCAACACACCAUAAUGAAAUCCAGUGGUUAUAUGAGGAAAUGGAGCAACACAUUAUUUAUGAAGAAAAUCAACACACUGUCAAGGAACUGCACAGCCAGAUGAGCAAUAAAGAGCAGGAACUUGAGCAACUCUUCCUAAAACAGAAGCGGUUAGAGCAUCAGUGUCAGGAGCUGCAGACUGAGCACCAGGAGAGUCAGGUGGAGAACAUCAAACUGAAAAAGAAAAAUCAGGAUCUUUCUCAUGAGUUGCAGCACACAUGUCAUGAGCUGUCAUUAGCUCAGGAGCAACUGACUACUAUUCAGGAUCAGGCUUCGAGAUUACAGCAAGAGAAAGACAUGGAAGUUUAUAGAAUUACAGAAAGACUUCAGAGAGAGAAAGAAAACCUAAUUAAACAAUUAGACAUGCUCAGAGAUAUGAAUAAAAAUUUGAGAGAUGAACAAGACCUCAACUCUUCAAAAGACAGUAGCCUGUUGGAAAUGUCCAGCCAUAAACAAGGACAAGCCUCAGCCCUGAUGGACCAUCCUGACUUUAACCAGGCAACACAAAGUAAAGCUUUUACAGAAGAGAUUCAGCAACCCUACAGGAAGCCUUACCCUCUUGCAAAUGGUCAUGGCCCACACUCAGCCACCAAAGCUGAUGACAAGUGGAGAGUGCUCGAGCCCUUAGACAAAGGUUCAGUGGCAGUGAGUUCAAAACUAAAGGUGCUGGAUGAUCCACCAGAUGGCUGGCCAUUUCGUCGUAUCAUUUCUAUUGAGGAGGAUCACCUCCCACACCUGCUGCAGGGAGAUCCAUGUCCUUUUCUCCACCAGCUUAUUGAAGAAGAAAAAGAAGAGGAGGAAGUCAAGAUUGAUCUCCAAAUGAGCCCUAUGAAUCUUUCAAAUAUGCCUAAAAUGUCUUUGGCCAGGGGCCAGACAGUUGACAAACGGACUAUACAGAAGGCUCCAGCAGAGAGUGCUAUAUCUGACCCACAGCGCCUCUUUAAGGUAAUACUUGUGGGCAACUCAAGUGUAGGUAAAACAGCUUUCCUGCACCGCUUCUGUGAUGGACACUUUAACUCCACCACCACAGCCACUGUGGGAAUUGAUUACAGUGUGCGGAUUCUGGAUCUAUGGGACAGUAAAGUGGUACUUCAGUUAUGGGACACAGCAGGACAGGAGAGGUAUCGAAGUAUUACCAAGCAGUUUUUCCGCAAGGCUGAUGGUGUGGUGGUGAUCUAUGAUAUCACCGUAAAUAGCAGCUUUAGGGCGGUGCAGCACUGGCUAGCUAGCAUACAGGAGACAGUCGAAGACUCCACUCCCAUCAUGCUUCUGGGCAACAAAUCAGACAGGGAGAGUGAAAGAGAGGUGUCAGUUAAAGAAGCUGAAAGGCUGGCUAAGGAGACUUGUUUAUUGUUCUACGAGUGCAGCGCUUAUACAGGUCACAAUGUGCUAGAGGCCAUGGUACAACUAGCCAGGGUGCUGAAGGAACAGGAGGACAGAACCUGGGAGAAGACAGUGCGACUAGUGGAUCAAACUGUAAAGAAGAAAACCUGCUGCAACUAAAUAAACCUCACCUGCAAAGGCCAACACACAA